UUAAUUUUUCUAUGCUGUUUGCGCUUAUAGUUAGAUACCUGUCCAAUCAAAACGCACCUUUGUUGAAACUGAAAUUAACACUUUUGAAAACAAAGUGGGCAUUGUUAAAUUCAACUAGGUUUGAAAAGCCUAAAAAUACAUCUAACAGAUGUUAUCUUAUAAAAUGUCAAACUUUCUACCCGGACUUGCAUUUAUUGUAACGAAGGAUACACUGCCUAUUCGAAAUCAUUGCUCAUAUGAGAACCCAUUAUUUUUAUAAAUGGUCAUCCUGAUCGUUUUUGGCAAAGACAGUUACGCUAAUGCUGAAUCAGAGUCUGUGGUGAUCCCUGUGAUCGGUACUGGACAAAAGCAACGAGUAAAAAAUCGUCUGCUAAUUUGGAUUUGAUACAAUAUUCGAGUACACACAAAACAUGGCCGUGUGUUGAAGUUGAAGGCCAAAAAUAUCUGUCCUUAGCUUUCAGAUCAAAAGCGAAACAUCUAUGUGAACCUAUGUUAUAGAUAGACUGAAAAUAGAAACGAAUACGACGGAAUAAAGGUGAAAAGUGGCAGUACGGAUAGACUAGCCAUGGUAGAAAGGAUCCAUUGCUAGCUACUGGUAAGGUGAUCCUUUUCUCCCAGGAGUCGCCUCGUCACUCAACACACAUUAAUGCCACACGCCUUCGUCUCAACGCAAAAGGGCUGGUCCGUGGUCGGAGCCAGAUAUUCGCUCUGUGAGGACAUUUACCAGUUACAGCGGUUAGCCAGGAUUGCAGUUGUAGACAUAUGCCAUUCUCCGUAUUGCAAUAUCAAGCAGACAACGCAUGUUAACCUGAUUAAAUUUAUAUUGUAGGCGUUUACAAGGAUGCCGAGGGCAAUAAACAUUUCCGGGGGUCACAUACCUGUGUAGGAAAGCCUAGCACAAUGUGAAAUAUGGAAAGGACGGCAGAACUUCAGGCUUGCGCUUCGAACUGCGACUCUUCGGGGACUUCGCCAUCAUGAUCAGAGUUAACAUCGUACGCACGGAACAGGAUCUCAGUCGGCCGCCAACUUCGCUACGCGAUGGACCUCAAGGAGUACCGUAAGAGAGCGAAAGAGAUGGUUGACAUAAUUGCGGGCUACCUCGAAACCGUCGGAGAAAGGCGGGUGUUUCCCGAUGUAAAGCCUGGUUACAUGCUCGCCUUGGUACCACCGGAUGCCCCUGAUCAUCCCGAAGAGUGGGACAGCAUUGUAGAAGAUAUCUACAACGUGAUCAUUCCCGGCUUAACCCAUUGGCAAAGCCCACACAUGCAUGCCUAUUUCCCGGCGUUGAACAGUCCCGCCUCACUGUUAGGCGACAUGCUCGCCAAUGGCUUCAAUUGCCUAGGCUUUACCUGGGCAUCAUCACCUGCUGUCACCGAACUAGAGGUGAUCGUCAUGGACUGGCUAGCUAAAAUGUUGGGCCUUCCUGACUGUUUUCUCCACUCGACGGGCGGCGGAGGGGGUGGAGUGAUACAGACGACCGCAAGCGAGGCCACCCUUUGUUCUUUAUUGGCGGCCCGCACUGAAAUGAUCCGAGCCGAAAAAUUGCGUGGCUUAGGAUCCGCACAGCCUGUUGAGGACUGGCAAGUGAUGCGUCGAUUAGUGGCCUAUUGUUCGGAUCAGGCGCAUUCGUCCGUCGAAAAAGCCGGAUUUAUAGGUUUAGUAAAGAUGCGCUACGUAGAGUGUGACGAAGAAUAUGCGAUGCGCGGCUCCGUCCUUCAGGAAAUGAUAUUGCAGGAUCGAGCUGCUGGCCUUCUUCCGUUUUUCGUCUGCGCCACACUCGGCACAACGGGUUCAUGUUCGUUCGACGAUCUCGAAAUUGUCGGACAUAUUUGUCGAGAUAAUGGCGUCUGGCUUCAUGUGGACGCUGCGUAUGCAGGAACAGCUUUCAUUUGUCCUGAGUUUCGCGAGUGGCUCCGAGGUGUGGACAUGGCUAAUACGUUCGCGUUCAAUCCGUCCAAGUGGAUGAUGGUCCAUUUCGACUGUACGGCGAUGUGGGUUCAAAAUUCUCGCGCCCUUCAUCGCACCUUCAACGUGGAUCCUCUCUAUCUGCAGCACGAAAACACUGGUCUGGCCGUGGAUUACAUGCAUUGGCAGAUACCACUGUCACGACGCUUUCGUAGCCUGAAAUUAUGGUUCGUGAUUCGUCUUCAUGGUGUUACGGGUUUACAAAGCCACGUCCGGAGGGGAGUUCAUUUAGCUGAGUUAUUCGAAUCGCUGGUUAUGUCUGAUCAAAGGUUUGAGAUACCCGCGAAGCGGCACCUUGGUAUGGUCGUAUUCAGACUCCGUGGUGCAAACAUCCUUACGGAGAGGUUGCUGAAGAAGCUGAACUCUUCAGGGCGUAUCCACUGCGUGCCGGCAUCACUAAAAGGAAUAUACGUUAUACGUUUUACGGUAACUUCGACUCGAACGACCGAGGAAGAUAUUCAUUCCGACUGGAAACUGAUAAAGGCAACGGCUGACACUGUCUUGGCUGGCUCGAAACCGAGGAUUAAGCUAGCAAAUAUUAAGGAACAGGCACCAGAAUUCGGAUCAUCGUUGCUAUUGGCCAAUACUCCAAUGACACCGAAGGUUAUCGACGGAAGCUUUGCGGCGUUGUUCGAGCAACUUAGUCCUGGUGUACAAAGUGCCGUGCAAAAGUGGUUCGGCAAUGCUAAGAAACAGUCGGGGCCCCUAGAUCGGUUAGACGUUGCGAACAUAGCAAAGGCUUCUCGUUCACCAAAGAACAGCAUCCCUGAAGAGCUUGAAGAUGGCACCGAGAAUCGAGGCAGAAACGUAUCACCAAGAAGAGAGUAACGUAACGUAAUGAAACGCUAAUGAGGAAACAUUCGUUAAUACUCUAUAAUUAUUGGAAUUGACAUAGUUUUCUUAUUAAGAUGCCCUUAAAGGGUAAUUAUUGUAGCUUAAAAGCCUCGGACACGGUGCAAUUAGAGAGUUUUCAAUAACGCUAUAAAAAAAAAAUGUCGUUUGAAAAACCACUGUAAUCCCUAAUAAAUUUCAGCUAAUUACCGAGGCUCUCACUACUAAAAAUACUAAUGAUUGUUAUCUGUUAAAGUGAAGAGGAGCGACUGAGGUCUUCAUUUUCCUCUGCAAAUAGUGAUUUGAAAUUGAUGAAUCGAGAACUAAUUAAUUAAUAAAUAUUAAUAAUCCUAUAAUAAAUAGUAAUAAGCUAAUUAGCUAAUAAUAAUAAUUUAUCGACAAUAUUAACAUCGUUCCAUAGCUAGCCGCGUGCGACUUUCCAGACCUACAUAUACCUUCAUUUGCCAUUAACCUACAGAUACUCACGUUGUAUCCUCACGGCUACCUUUAAAGUCAUGUCAAUAUAUCUAUAUAUAUAUAUAUAUAUAUAUAUAUAUAUAUAUCGAACAUACAAUGAAUAUCAAAUAGAAAAAGGCUCUCAUUUACCGUCCUCAAGUUUGUCCUACAUGCGAAGUAACUGCGGACUAUACGAUUAGUCAUCCGAAACUGGUUUUCUGAUGCUUCUAGGCGUAUAAUAAACGAGUGUUAAUGAUUACGUACAGCUACCGUUGUUAGCAUUGUACAGGACCGCGAGGCUUCACCAAGGUUGCUUUCAAUGUAACUUCAACAAAUUGGCUAACGACUGAUCCCGGCAGCUCAGUUAUGUCCGUGAGCCGCUGGCUAACGCUGUUUCAUUAAUUUUAUCAAUUCAUAGUGGUCGAUACCGAAAUAUAGGUAACACCACAAGCACUAGAAGAAGACCAGUAAGGAGGUCUAUCAUACGGAUUUCUAGAAGUGUCGCUCUCAAAUAAUCAAUUCUGACGACGGUAUCCUAAUAACUUUAUCUAUUCUCGUACGGUAAAAAUAACCGACAAUAGAAAAAAUCUGAUCGCUAUGGCACGCUCUCCAUUUUGUUCUUGCAUAGUGUACUUACUUUAGUCACAAUAUUGCCGUAAUUAACCAUAGAGCAUCACUGCGCUACAACGGAUUAUUCGAAGAAAGACUUGAAGAUUGCUUUAGACGAAGGUAUCAUCUCAUACGUCACGAUACUCCUUUAUACUAGAAACAGCUAGUCGAUUAUAAUCACAGUCUUUAUUACUAUUCGGAGCCCAUACCCAUCGAAUAAAUUGUCUUAAGAAAAAAGUUAAUGUACAAUGUCAAACAAGGAGAGCAGCAUUUACGAAAUCAAUAAAAUUAAGAAACAUCAGCAGACAUCUUGACGUUAUUACUAUGUUGCGCAAUAUUAAUAACGUUGAAUAUAAUGGGUCAAAUUCUAAAAAAAAAACGAAUAAACGUCUUUAAAAUGUAACAUUUGAUAGUGCUGAUUCAAACGUACACAUCUACAUAUACAUACGCAAUUUUGUGUGAUGAUGUGACAUUUUAGUAUAUGAAAAAAGUCAAUAAUUUUGGUGAAAUAGCAGACGAUAAACAUUGGAUGGUUGACUCUCAGUAUAGGCCUCUAUUGUGUUUCCGAGUGGCCAAGAGCGAUGAACAAGUGCUCCUUAGGUAUACACUCCGUAUCGAAUGGAUCACCCUGCAGAUUAACGUCUAACAUUAUAAAAUACCUAUAAAAAAAGAUCUUUCUUUCUAGUUUACUUAUCUUUGUCUCUCCGUUAAAGGAUUAGG